UUAGGGCUACGUACUUGCACACUGUAGUCACAGCGCUAGAGCGCUUGCCUCAGCCCCUGCGGCCCUUCUCCACAGCCCUCGUGCCUUCGGGCGCGCAGCGUCUAGCGCCCCACGCCCUCCCUCGUCACGGCUCACAGCCUAAUCUGUAGCGCAGCUAGCGCUGCAGCAGCAGCACCACCCCCACCUCACGCUCUCUCUCUCACAUGUAAUUGUGUACACCCCCACCCCCGCUGCACUCCUGCGCGAGACGUCGUGCGCAGGAUCACCAUUGGCGACGCUGCUGCCUGCUGCCGCUCGACACCACCCAAGCCACGCCCACGCCGCUGCCCUCACCUGUGCUGGGUGUGGUCUACUUUCCCACCGUCUGUACAUUUCUGAUUUCAACAAUGGCAAGGGGGUCAGCGCCGGAUGUAACGCUGCUAAUUGAUCAGUUGGAGCGGCACUGCUUGGCUCCCGAUGGAUCUCUUCUCUCCAAAUCCACCCACUACGAUCUCCAACUCGCAAGAGAGGAAAUGUCGAGAGAACGACUGCGUUAUUUGGAAGCAAUGGCAAUUUAUUGUGAGGCAAUAGGAAUGGUGGAGGAGUAUCAACAAGCUGUUUCAGUCGCUAACCUCGGAGGGAUCCGAGAUGUUCAGGUCUUAUACCCACAACUCGGCUUGAAGAACUUUCCUCAGGUUUAUGAGUCUCUUGAGCACCGGUUGGUUGUGGCAGAAGCAGCUCAAAGAUUGGGGCUUCCUCUUAUUUCCAAAGAUGGUGAGAUUCAUGAGGAAGAGUUAGAAAAAUGGAGUAUAAUGCCAUGAAGCUCCCUUGAUAGAACAAGUGCCAGUGUCACUAUCAGUUCAAACUCUAACUCAACAAAUUAUGCUAGUAGUUCUGCCAUUAGCAGUGCUGGCGUGGCAAGUACUGUUACUGAUACAGUUGAACCAGGAGUUGGUGGUGUUCCUAACCGCUUCCUUGGAAUAACAACAGCCUAUUUAUGGCAGACUCAGCUCCAACAAACACCGUCAUCCUUGUACAUGGCAGAUUACUAAAUGGCACUUUGCCAAGAGAUUGAGGCGCGCUUAAAAGCUAAAUGUGAUAAAUUAGCAGAUACCUUGGUGAUGGAUGUCAUGGAUUCUUCAUCCAGUAAUCAAAAUUUAGGUGCUCGGCUUCCAGAAAGGGUAAAGUUGAUUAUAGAGGAGAUUGAAAGAGAAGAAGCAGCUCUGCGGGAGGAUCUUUAUUCUGCAGACCGAAAAUUUGCAGAAUACUACAAUGUCUUGGAACAGAUAUUUGGCGUACUUAUUAAGCUUGUCAAAGAUUUGAAAUUGCAGCAUCAACAUACAUAUGAUGAACUGCAAAAAACUUGGCUGUGCAAACGAUGCGAGACCAUGAACGCAAAGCUGAGGGUUUUGGAGCACAUUCUCUUGUUUGAGACUUACACCAAGGAUUCAAUACCAGCUCUCAAUAAAAUAAGAAAAUAUCUUGUUGGGGCGACAGAAGAAGCUUCAAUUGCAUACAAGAAAGCUCGAGGCUUUGAUGCAACAAUCCCGCACCCAUUGAACAAAAAAACAAGAACACAGUCUGUUGGCUUUCCCUGGAAAUUAAUGCCCUCAAUUUUACCAGGUGACGCGUCUUCGUGAGUAUCAAGGUGUAGAUCCCCAUUUUGAUUCAAUUGCAAGGCAAUAUCAUGACGUUGUGAAGGUAAAAUAUCAUUUUGUUUUGCAAAUUUUCUCAUUCAGCUUUCCGUGGAUUCUCUAGCGUCUGUUUGGAUUAAGGAUUUUGUUUGGGGGAAGGAAAGGAAAAUAAGGAAAAGACUUAUUUUUCCUUGUAUUUUUCCUUCUAUAUAAAAUACUAUAAAAAAUAAAAGUUUAUUUUACUAUAACUGGAAAUUAGGAAAAACUAAAUGUCAAUGAUGUAUAAAAUCAAUUUUUUGUUCAUAGAUUUCGUAUAAUUUUAUUUUCUUUCUCAAUUUUCUUAAUAAUCAAACAUGAAAAUGUGCAUUCCUUCAUAUUUUCCUUUUCCUAAUAUUUUCCGAGUUCCAAAUGCGGCCUAAAUUUGUCUUUCUCCCUGUAGAAAUUGGAAAACAUGCAAUGGACGAUUCGCCAAGUUGAAAUGGACCUUAAACACCUCCCGGAUCAUCCAACCACUUAAUUCUUUUUUCUUUUUUUUUUUCCCAAAUGCCAUUUGUUUAAUCUGCUAAUCCCCACCCGCCCCUCCUUCCAAUAUAUGUAACCAUUUUUAUGCUGAAGCCUAUUGUAUUUCUUGUACAAUGGUAACUAGAGACUGGAAAAAAAAUCUUCUGAAAAAACUCAACUUCCCUUUCUUUC